GCAUUGAUUGGCCGCCUCAUGAAUGAAUCAUUGGCAGCACUACUACAAUAGUCUCUCAGAAGAUGGGAAAAAGUAAAUGAUGAGAGAUAAUCUCAACCUGCUGAUCAAACAGAAACAGCCUGGUUUCAGCAGAAGUUGAAUGCCAGAAUAAUGCAUUUUAAUAGGGAUGAUGGUCCACUUAGGUUUCGAGGCCAGCAAGAUGACUUAAAAGAGCGCAGCAAAGACUUACAAAAUCUUGAGCGGCAAUCUUUGAAGCAAAGAAAAGGGAUAAAUACGUCAAACAAAAUGAAAAUCUUGAGUUCUCCAGUUUCAUUCUUUGCGCCCAACUGGACACCUGGUGGAUGGGUUUUCUUAUAUUUCCUUUACCUUGGUCUUCUCACUUUGAUCAUUGGAUUAAUCCAUUCCAGUCUACCAGAACCAUUAACCAUGGAUGACUUAUCUGCUGCAAGUGAUAAUUCAGAGCGUUUCAUUGGUGCUAAUGCUGAAGCGUACCUUAAAUCUCUUAUCAAAAUGGGUCCAAGACCUGUUGGUAGUAAGGAAAAUGAAGUUAUGGCACCAGAUUUUCUACGAGCUGAAAUUAUGAAAAUUCAGAAAGAAUCCAACAAUAUGCAAUUUAUUUAUAUUUCUGAUCAAGUGGUUAGUGGAUCAUUUUACAUCAAGCAAAAUCUUGGGUACGCAAGUUUUUACCACAAUGUACAGAAUAUUGUAGUUCGACUGAGUUCUCGUCAAGGAGGUAAUUCCUCAGCAGUUCUUGUAAACUGUCAUUAUGAUAGUGUUCCUGGGAGCCCUGGUGCCAGCGAUGAUGCAUUUCAUUGUGCUGUUAUGCUGGAGCUACUGCGAGUUUUAUCACAAUCAAAGAAACCCUACCUUCAUGAUAUUAUUUUCUUAUUUAAUGGUGCUGAGGAGAGUGGACUUCAGGCAUCUCAUGGAUUUACUACUCAGCACAAGUGGGCCAAGGAUGUCAAGACAUUUGUCAACCUUGAAGCUUGUGGAGCUGGAGGCAAGGAGGUUUUGUUCCAAACUGGACCUAAUUGCCCGUGGCUGGUAGAGAUCUAUGCCAACGUUGUUCCUCAUCCUCAUGGAACAGUCAUGGCUGAAGAAUUGUUUCAGAGUGGUGUUAUUCCUUCUGAUACAGAUUUCCGAAUAUUCAGAGACUUUGCACACAUACCAGGGGUUGACUUUGCUCACUCUGAUAAUGGAUUUGUCUACCACACUAAAUUUGAUAAUGGCAAGUUAGUAUUUGGCGGCUCAUAUCAACACACUGGAGAUAACUUGCUUGCGCUUAUGCCAGCAUUAGCAAACAGCCCCCUUCUUGAUUCUGUUGACCAAUCAGGAGGUCCAAUGGUCUAUUUUGAUUUUCUUGGAAUGUUUUUCAUUCACUACUCAAAAAUAGUAGGAACUGUUCUUAACAUAUUCGUCACAGUUUUGUCUUUUAGCACAAUUGUGGUGCAGCUUUUCAAAACAAGAAAAGCUAUUGGACAAACAUCAUCCGAAAUUUCGUGGACAUUUGGCUUUGCUGUUUCUGCAACACUCGUUGGUUGGAUUAUAUCCAUAUUGUAUAUUUUUUUAUUGACUAUGUUGCUGAAUUGGGCUAAUAGCACUCAAUCUUGGUAUCGCAGUUUUUACUACCAGUUUGGUUUGUACUACUGUUCAACUAUGUUUUUCUGUGUCACUACUCCAUUCCUUCUUAAUCAAAAAUCCAAGUUAUCAAACUUGCACCAAUCCAUUAUGAAUUCUUUGGGAACACAAUUUCUUUGGACUGUAGUUUUGCUCCUAGGAACCACCUUUGGCAUACGCUCAACUUAUCUUAUAUUGAUACAGGUUACGCCAUCGGUCAUAAGUAAUUUAGGAUUAUUGUUCUGCAGAAAUUACAGAUCGAGAACUUGGAUUGGUAUCCAAAUUCUGCAGUCACUGAUUCCUCUCAUAUUUGGAAUACGUCACACUGUUAUGGCAAUGGCUGUAUUUAUUCCAAUCACCAAUCGAUCAGGUGCUGUAUUGAAUGUGGAACUUGUAAUUGGAAUUCUGUCUGCACUGACUUGCAUCAUUAUAGUUAGUUAUUGGGUUCCUUUGUCGGUAUUUAUUCGUCACAUUUCAGUUGUAUCAGUUUUUGCAACGGCCCAUUUAAUCACUUUACUGAUUGUAUUGGCUGCCCGACCCCUUCCAUUUUACGAGUGGCAAUCAGGAGAGUCGGGAGUUCUUCAAAGAGUUCCUUUAUGGCAUGUGCAGCGCAAUAUAUAUGAUGAGUCAGGAAAAGUCCGACUCUCUGACUCUGGCUAUUGGGUGAUGAAUAUGGACCGAAGUGCACCUUAUCUCUUAAGGGCAUCUGUUCCAGAAAUGACUUCAGCAGAGCAAGCCACUGUCCUCUGUGACAGUGAGUUGUUUUGUGCCCUUCCACUGUACAGCCCAAGGAUGACAAACUUUUUGAAUGGAAGCAAUUGGAUUGCAGGCCCAAAACCAUUUAAACAGUCCAUCCUCACAGUUAAUACACAAAUAAGCGCUCUUACUCCUGUCACAAGGAGAAUAACUUUCACAAUAUCAGGGCCACAGCAAAUGAGUUUUAUGUUUGCUCCUUUGCCUGGUAUUACUGCACAAGGAUGGAGCCUACAGGCAGAUUUGAUACCCUCUGUAUUGUAUAAAGAGAGACCUGCAUAUUUCAUCUUUUACCAAAGAGGUUUGGAUUCACUAUCAUGGACUUUUCACAUAGAUUUCAAAGUUGAUGAAUCUCACUUCAAAGGAAGUGUGAACAACACAGUCACUGUAGGAGUGUCGGGCAGUCACAUUGAUUUUGGUCACUUCUCCGAGGAGUUCAAGCUUUUCAUUCAGAAAUUCCCAAAAUGGUCUUUUGUCUCACCACGAGCAAGUGAGUUGAGAAUUUGGGAAGUAUAAGUGUUUAUCAUUUUAUAGAUAAUGAGAAGGAAUACAGCUCCUUAGAAUGGUAGUUACUGUAAAUUGGAAAUCACUUUUCAUCGAAUACUUAGUACACAAAUACUGUUUAAAUUUGUCUGUGAUAUUUAUUUACAACUGAAGUUCAGUAGAUACAGUCUGAUUUAUUCGGCACAUUUAUCUAUAUAUAACAUAGAUACAAAGUCAUCCUCAAAUUCAAAACAACGCUUAGUUAUAAUGUCUUUCAAGCAAACAUUCUGUCCAAUCUGCUCAUUUGUAAAAUUAUGUAUAAAGUUAUAGCACUUGAUGUCUUAUGUAAAAUAUUUAUACAAGUAACACAAAUUGUCAACAAUAUCUGUUUUGAUAUUAAAAGAUCUAUUUUACAUAACUAUAAGAAAUAUAAUUUACAUACAUACUUCA